GUUAAAAUUUUUAGCCACCACGUUAAAUAUUACAUAAGGGCAAAAGAGAAAUUGGAAGAUCGAGAAAGCACUCUAUGGUGGUGGAAGGAAUAACGCUCUCAUCUCGGGAGUUGGUUUGGUAUAUGAAGUCAUAUCAAACCUUUAGUCAGGCUUGAGUCUACUUUUGCAAUUUGGAGAUGAACUGACCAUUUGAUCGAGUUCAUAAUAUAGUAGAAUAAUUCGGUCGUGGUUUAUAGUGGCGAUAGAUGAUUACAUAAACCAAAUUAAAAAAAAAUAAGCAUAGUUUUUAUUUUCUUUAAUUAUAACUUUAUAAAGUUCAUUAAUUAUUUUUAAAGUUGAUUCACUAGAUUAACUUUCGAUAAUUUUGAAAUCAUUGAAUCACUUGUUAUAUUUAUACCAUAAUCAAAAUAAAAGGAUAUACGUAACUUUAGAGCAACAUACAUCUCGUAGCCAUUGCUUUACUUUACUAUAUUUGUGGAUUGAGGCAUAUUUUGAGACCUAAAUUUUAGAUGAUGAAAAAAGCACCAAUAUUAGUAAUUCUUUGCAUUUGAGUUUGGCCAGAAGUGUUAGCUAAGUUUCUUGUGCGUGUUUCAUUCAAAACGCCAUAAGCAAAAAAACAAAAACAAAACAACUUAUCGAUUCAAUAACAUACAAUCUGUUUGACAGAGAUAUAGAAGAAGAGAAGAUUGACAAUGUCAACUUUGAGCAUACCUCCAGUGAUACCAUCACCUCGAGAAGAUGCUGUCAAGCUGCAUAAAGCUUUCAAAGGUCUUGGUUGUGACACGUCUAAAGUUAUCAACAUCUUAGCUCAUAGAAAUGGAGAACAACGAAGUCUAAUUCAACAAGAAUAUGAAACCACCUUCUCUGAACUGCUUUCCAAACGUUUAUCAAAAGAACUUCAUGGCCAUCUCAAGAAAGCAAUGUCACUAUGGCUGCAUGAUCCUCCAACCAGGGAUGCUAAGAUAGUGAGAAAAGCCUUAAGACCAGGAGUUUCUGAUAAUCAAGCAUUAACAGAAAGUAUAUGUUCUCGCACUCCAUCACAACUUAGACGAUUAAAAGAAGUUUAUCAGUCAAAUUAUCAUUCCUCUCUUGAGACAGAUAUUGAAAUCCAACUCAGUGGUGAUCAUAAAAAGUUGUUGCUUGCAUAUGUAACUACACCACGUUAUGAAGGCCCAGAGUUGGACCCUGUGAUUGUAGAAGAAGACGCAAAACUACUGUAUAAAGCAGGGGAGAAAAAGAUAGGAACUGAUGAGGAGAUGUUCAUCAAGAUUUUUAGUGAGAAAAGUAGCACACAUUUGGCUGCUGUUAACUCAGCUUACAUAGCUUCACAUGGACACUCACUUGAAAAGGCAAUAAAGAAAGAAACAUCUGGCUCUUUUCGAUAUGACCUCUUGACCAUACUGCGUUGUGCUACUGAUCCUGCUCUAUACUUUGCCAAGAUCUUGCGCAGGUCAAUGAAGGGUGUGGGAACUCAAGAUAGUAGACUAAUAAGGGUAGUUGUGACAAGGACGGAGAUAGACAUGUACCAUAUAAAAAUAGCAUAUUAUAAGAAAUAUGGAAAACCAUUAACCCAUGCUGUUCGUUCUGACACAUCAGGCCAUUACAAAGAAUUUCUCUUGAGUCUUAUAGGUUCUGAUUAUUAGUAACAUUGUGUUUUUCACAUCAAAUCAGAUUAACCAGUCUAGGAACUAUUAUGUGAGCAGAAAUAUUUACUUACUUUUGUAGAAGCUAAAAGUGAUUUGCUUUGUUCUAGUUUUAACAUAUGAUAGUGCUUUUCCAGAAAUGGUGAUUGUAUUCAUGCUACAUUUGUGAUCUGGACAUUGUUUUC